AGAUCAAUUCUCCAGAUCAAAAAUGAACCGAACUGAGAUCGAGAUCGAGCUUUUCGCACGUGUCAUCAAGAGCGGACACGAAGAAUCGAUCCAAGAAGUCUUGAAAACGUUGCCGGAAGUCCCCUUUACCGUCGAAAUCCUGGACAAGUGCAACAUCGCAUGUCUGAUCGAUCAAUUUGUCCCGAACUUAGCGCCGGCCACCGACUUUGCCAGAAGGAUCAGAAAAUGGAGGAACGCAAGCAUGCAAAGGGAAAAGGCCAAAAUUGUAAAGUAUUUCACAUACGGAACAUUGUACGAUUUUGGUGGAACAUUUGUCCCGGACCAUGUUUUGAAGCUUCUCACUGAUAUGAUGUGUUUCGAUGAUUUGGCUCUUGUAAAAUGUGCCUUCAAACUUCUCGGUGCAUUGGAGCUAUCACUUGCGGAUUUCGAGUACUAUAGAGUGCACGAGACUGCUGCUCAGUUCCAGUACAGAUUUGUUGAAGCAGACGAGUUGGUGCGAAAAAUUGAACAAUUGCGACGGGAGCUGUCAGACGAGUCGUUGCUGGAUCAAGAUAUCCCAAAUCUCGAAAUGGAUAAUUUCGAUCAGACAGAGCUGCUCCCAAAACUUCUCGAUAAUCUCCACUUGCAUGGUGAUCAAGAGGAAGGGCACUACAAAAUGAUGGAGAAUUAUGAGUGGGCCCUUUGGGAAGUUCUCAUGGUGCACCUGGUGCAAUCAAUUAAGACUGGGAAUCGACGAGUGAUCACAAGAGCCAUAAUCCACCACCAAGAGCACCGGUUUCCACUGGCACUUUACAGAAAAUACGAGAUCCAAUCACUGAUCCGAGCUCUUCCUCGUAAGAUCUCAGCUGCUUCACAACUAUUUGAUGAGAUCGAGCUAAUUGAGGAGUCCACAUUGAAUUCCCAGCAUAUUGAAGCUUUCCGGGAGGUGAAAAAAGCUGUGAACGGAAUGGAAGAAGGAGAAGAAGCAUGGCCAGUGCUCAUGUCUUUGAUGAUGGGAUUCUUGAAGCAAGACGAUGGAUUUGUUCACGGAGCCGUUGAGUUGCUACUGAAUUGCAAUAUUUCACGGGAGCGAUUUGUCGAGUUUGCGGUGGAGAAUACUCUACUGAAUCUUCCAUAUCGAACUGAAGAGAUCAAUGAGCUACUGGUGAAGAUUCGGAGCAUGGAACCGCGUCAAUAAUAGAUUUAAUUUUCUUAAAAAUUUUUUUUGUAAUUUUUCCAAAGUUCAAAUAAAAUUGUUCUUGGAAUUA